GCACAAUUUGAAUCCUCGUAGUUUAGUGGUAGACUUUUGCGAAUAUGGAAUGUAAUGUUACAAUUCAAUAAUGUUACUUUGAGUAUAACUAUGGCGAGUCGUAAAACAUUUCGGUGUAUUUAGGUUUGCUGACAGUGUACCGUUGUUCUGACACCUGCAAGUACUUUUGGAAAAACUUGUAUCUGUCAGUCAUUUGGCUAACGUUAGCUAGCUGCCAGCGUAAUAUUAAUUAGCCCAUUACCAGCGUGAGCUAGCUAGCAAGCGACACUAGUUUGGUUACCUUUAAAGCUGGUCAUCCAGCCAGCUAACAACUAAUAGUGGGGUUGUGAGAAGAUAAACGAGGUCGGUCAGGAUAUUUCAAAUAUAAGGAUUGGGUCACCACCCCUUGUCACACUGCCAUGGCUGACUGCAGCAUAGUCACUAUAGGGACCACUCGUAGCCUGCUGGUUGACUUCUCUGUGAAUGACUCCAGAAUGGCAGAGACCUCUAAGGAGCACACUUUCCUUGGCCUACCGGACGAUAUGGAUGACAUGCCUCGGGUGGAGACCAGGGUUGUGUUAGUGGGAGAAACGGGCAACAAUCCAGCUCUUGUGAAAGCACUUCAGGACAUCAAAAUAAUGGAAGUCCCAGUGGUAAAGAUUAAAGAAGGUGUCCCAGGCUCAGAAGCAGGGGAGAAAUUGAUUAAAUCUAUUGUAAAUAUGGAUAUCAACAAGCCGUGCAUCAAGGCCAGCAAUGUCAAAGAGUUUGGUGACGGGGAGAACGCGGAGUUUGAGACGGUGUUUGUGUUGACUGACUUCAAGUCUCCAGACUACGACUAUCUGUACAAGAAUGACAGCCGCAUCGUGGGCCCCCCUGUGGUGCUUCACUGUGCAGCCAGGGAGGAGCCCCUUCCGUUCUCCUGUCGGCCUCUCUACUCCACCACCAUGCUCAACCUGUCUUUGUGUUUCACGGGGUUCCGGAAGAAAGAGGAAGUGGUCAACCUUGUCAAUCUGGUUCACCACAUGGGCGGCACCAUCCGCAAGGACUUCAGCGCCAAAGUCACCCACCUCGUAGCACACUCGACUCAUGGAGAAAAAUACCGGGUGGCUGUCUGCAUGGGCACUCCCAUUCUCACGCCAGAUUGGAUCCUCAAGGCCUGGGAGCAGAGGGACAACAUUCAUUUCCAUGCUGGGGACGAGAGCUUCCGCACUGAAUUCAAAGUGCCCCCCUUCCAGGACUGUGUGCUUAGCUUCCUAGGCUUCACAGAGGAGGACAAAGCCAACAUGGAGGAGAGGACACUCAAACAUGGUGGCCGCUACCUGGAAGUUGGGAAUGAGAAGUGCACUCACAUGGUUGUGGAGGAGAACUCCAUUAAGGAGCUGCCCUUCCCUCCAUCCAAAAGACUUUACGUCGUCAAACAGGAGUGGUUUUGGGGGAGUAUACAGAUGGAUGCCCGAGCGGGAGAGUCCAUGUACUCUUAUGAAAAGCAGGCGGAGAGCCCGGUGAUGAAGAAGACGUGCUCGCUGCUCUCCCUCCACACGCCCAACAGCAACCGCAAGCGGCGGCGGCUGCGCGACACCCUGGCCCAGCUGGCCAAGGAGACGGAGAUCUCGCCCUUCCCGCCGCUCAAGCGGCCGUCGGCCGAGCACUCGCUCUCCAUGGGCUCCCUGCUGGACAUCUCCAACACGCCCGAGACCUGCAAGACCCUGGGAGAGAUGGCUAAGCCGUCGAAGAGCUCCACGCCCGCCCUGCCCAAGCAGUCUGCCAGGUGGCAGGUGUCCAAGGAGCUGUACCAGACAGAGAGCAACUACGUGGGCAUCCUGGAUACAGUGCUCCAGCUUUUCAAGGACCCCCUGGAGAAGGAGGGCCAGGUGGGAGGCCCCAUCCUGGCGCAAGAGGAGAUCAAGACCAUCUUUGGCAGCAUCCCAGAGAUCUAUGACGUGCACACCAGGAUUAAGGCGGACCUGGAGGAGCUGGUGAUGAACUGGUCGGACGACAAAAGCGUUGGUGACAUUAUCCUGAAAUAUUCUAAGGAGCUUGUUAAGGCCUAUCCACCGUUUGUCAACUUCUUUGAGAUGAGCAAGGAGACCAUUGUGCGCUGUGAGAGGCAGAAACCCCGCUUCCAUGCAUUCCUCAAGAUCAAUCAGUCCAAGCCCGAAUGUGGGCGGCAGACGCUCGUGGAGCUGCUGAUUCGUCCUGUGCAGAGGUUGCCCAGUGUGGCUCUCCUGCUCAACGACAUAAAGAAGCACACAUCUGAGGAUAACCCGGACAAAAUCACUUUGGAGAAGGCCAUAGAGUCACUCAAAGAAGUUAUGACGCACAUAAAUGAAGAUAAGAGGAAAACAGAAGGUCAGAAGCAAAUCUUUGAUGUUGUCUACGAGGUGGAUGGAUGUCCGGCCAACCUACUGUCUUCUCACCGGAGUCUGGUGCACAGGGUGGAGACCAUCGCUCUGGGAGACAAGCCCUGCGAUCGCGGGGAGCACGUCACCCUCUUCCUCUUCAGUGACUGCCUGGAGAUUGCACGGAAGCGGCACAAGGUCAUCAGCACGUUCCGGAGUCCUCUGGGUCAGACGCGCCCACCUGCUCAGCUCAAGCACAUUGCCCUCAUGCCUCUGUCUCAGAUCAGACGGGUGCUGGACCUACAGGAGACGGAGGAAUGUCAGAAUGCCUUUGCACUGGUGGUACGCCCCCCCACUGAGCAGGAGAACCUGUUGUUCAGCUUCCAGCUGAUGGCUGAGGACACACACAAGUCCGUGUGGCUCAAGACCCUCUGCCGCCAAGUGGCCAAUACCAUCUGCAGGGCCGACGCAGAGGACCUCAUCCAGUGCACCGAUCCCGACUCCCUCCAAGUGAGCACCAAAGAUAUGGACAGCACACUAAGCAGAGCCUCCAGGGCCAUCAAGAAGACAUCAAAGAAGGUCACCCGGGCCUUCUCCCUGACCAAGACCCCCAAGCGUGUGAUCCAGAGGGCCUUCAUGGUCAGCAGCACUCCAGACAAGAGUCCCGGCCUGGCGUCCGAACACAUGAGCCGUGCCGGCAGCAGCUCCACCCUGGCUAUGGCGCGCUCAGCGUCCACGUUCAGCCUCAACGGCCCCGCCAAGAACGCGGUGGUGCAGCGCUCCAACUCCCUGGACCACCCCCCUCGCCCCCGCGUGCCCGUGUGCCUGCGCACGCCCAGCAGCCCCGAAAACGCCGCCCCCGAACCCCCCAACCAAUCCCAGCCCGGGCCUCGCUCGCCCUCGACCCCGGCCAGCCGCGCGGCAGCCCUGCCCCCGGUGUCCCCUCUGAGUGCGUAUCGGGACCUGCAGGUGCCCCGGCCCCCCGGCCGCAGGGAGACCCUCCUGUAGACGCGACGCUGUCCACUCGCCAUCCAUGGUGAACUUGCAUUCCAUGUUUGAGAGGAAGUACCACACCUUCAGCCGCUCCUCAACACACCUCAUUUAAUACUACUUGCCUGGAAUCCAGUGGGUCCUUAAGCUCUAUGAAAGUACUUAACGUUAACUAAUCCUCAGAGGUACAGCAAAUAUCUCCCACACUUUCGAGUGUGUAUCUUAACAAAAGCUUGGACAAAUAUUGUCUGGCUGGAAAUAUGAAGGAUAAUUUGUGUGUAUUUGUUUCACUUAUCUGGUAUUAAGCGUUUCAGGCACAUUUAAUUAACACACAUAGAUAUGCAGUAACUGACCAAUUGAUAUAUUUUGUCUUCAUAGAGGGAUGUAGUGGUUUUCCGUAAUUAUUAACAAAUGAAAGUAUUCAUAACAUUUAAUGGGAACAAGCCUGUUGGUUUUGGUUACCUUAUCUUUCAGCUUUUAUAAAGCUAUUAUGUAUUUUUCUUUUAUUGCCAGUGAUCAGGAUUAGGGAGAAAUGAGUCACUCAAGAAUAGGCAUUCAUUCUUUCUUUUGUGUAUGUUUUAAAAGUGAUUUUAUUAGUUUGUUGUGCGUCUAUUGUUUAUGUGUCUUGUGUAGCCUUACAUAUUUAUACAUCAAAAUCAUUUAUAUAAAUAGCCUAUUUGAAUGUUUCUCAGCAUUCCUCUUUUUCUAUUUAUGUAGUAUGCGUGUGUUCCUUUGUUUUUGUUUUUCUCCUUGUGCUCUCAGUGGCUCUAUAUUAUAUAUCCUGUCUUUUCUUUAUCCGUUUCCUCUGAAGAAAAUAUGAGCAGGGUUCAUUCCUGUAAAUCAAUGCAGAUUUCUCUCUCACACACACACAGACACACACAGUCACAUAUACCCACACAGGGGUUUGACUUCAAGAUAAUGACUUUCUACUUUUAAAUGAUUUCACUUGCUUUAUUUCAAUAAAAGCAGCAAAACUCAA